UGCGAUGAAAGCUUGGCCGGCCAUUGCAAAGGCGCUAGGGUGACAGCGCCGAGCGCGCGACGGCUGAAAGGUGGGCGUCGGCCGGUUGGUUGGCGGUUGGCUGACUCGAGAUGGCGGCAGCGGCCUUGUAUUUGGAGCACUACCUGGACAGCAUUGAAAACCUGCCCUGUGAAUUACAGAGAAACUUCCAACUUAUGCGUGAACUGGAUCAGAGAACAGAAGACAAGAAAGCAGAAAUAGAUAGUCUUGCUGCACAAUAUAUUUCAACAGUGCGGGAUCUGUCAUCGGAGCAACGAGUGGAAAUCUUGCAGAAGAUCCAAAAUGCUUAUACAAAAUGCAAAGAAUAUAGUGAUGACAAAGUGCAGUUGGCCAUGCAGACCUACGAGAUGGUAAGUUUAAAUAGAGCAGUGAUACUGCAGAAGACUGCCUAUGUUUAUGAUAUCUCUUAUCUAACCUUUUAG